AUUAGAGGAAAAACUUCCUGAGAAAGAAGACGCGUGCCAAGCGCCAGUGUGAGCCCAGGUUUCCUGCAAAGAAGCGCAAAGACAACUUGAAAUUAUUCCCUUCGUCUUUUUCUAAGGAUAUCUGUACAAUUUUUGUAACCACGGCUUCAAAGGUGGACAGCGUUUUCUCCUCUUUAUCCCUGCAUUUCUUCAAGAAAGAAAUGGAAGAGGGUUCCAGUUCUCCGGUCUCCCCUGUGGAUAGUCUGGUGACCAGCGAGGAGGAGCUGGACCGACAGCAGAAACGCUUCGCGAGGAAGAGGAGGCACAGUAAAAAGUCCAGCGAGGACAGCAGCGGGAGCAGUCCGGGUCCCGUGAAGCGUGGGAAGAAACCGAGUCCGAGCAGCACUCAGUCGUACGAGGAGCUGCAGAACCAGCGGGUGCUGGCCAACGUCCGGGAGAGGCAACGGACUCAGUCUCUGAACGAGGCCUUUGCGUCUUUGCGCAAAAUCAUCCCCACGCUGCCGUCCGACAAGCUCAGCAAGAUCCAGACGCUGAAGCUGGCCUCCAGAUACAUUGACUUUCUCUGUCAGGUGCUGCAGAGCGACGAGAUGGACAACAAGAUGUCCAGCUGUAGCUACGUAGCGCACGAAAGACUCAGUUACGCGUUCUCCGUGUGGAGGAUGGAGGGCGCUUGGUCUAUGUCAGCAUCUCAUUAACACCCAGAGUCCUUCACUCACAAUGCCAAAGCGACUGUUUACUUCUACAAAGUAUGAAGGCUAAACGGAUUAUUGAAGAACCCAUCGACCUCAGAGGGAUGGCGGAGAGACGUAAUGUGACCCACAAAUACAAACUCUUGUGGAGUGUGUGCAGAUGCAGAUUCAUCAUCACUACUUGUGACUGUCUGGAGCUGUUUGUCAGAGAGGACAGAGGACAAAGCGCGCGCAUGCACGGCCUGUAUUUCAGCAAAGCCAUCCUUUCAUCUUUUUUAAAUGGAGAUAUAUUUUGUUUUUCAAAGACUUUAAGCCAAAGUAUGAAUAUAUAUAGAUAUAUAAAUAAAUACAUAUUGUACAUACUUUUGUAACUAUAUCCUGUAAAGGGACCAAUGCAAUUUUAGAAUCAUUCACUGCAUGGAUUUUAUUUCGCCGACUUUCUUUAUAGCAAGUCUCCAUCCAAAUUCCGUCCAAAUCAUAUUGUUUUUGCUUAUUUAUUAAAACAGGUAUUUUUUGAAUGAACUGUGCUUCUUUUUUAUCCUAUAUGUAUACCUUUAGCUACUAUGUAGUUUGGCCAAAUUCGUCCCAUUAAAAUUUAAAUAUCAAAUAAGUGGAAUUGUGAUAUAUUUUGGAUGAACGAAAAUCAAUUAAAAAAGAAAAGAGGGGAAAAAAAUUCCUGCUGGAUGUGUGAAGUUGGUCUUUUACCCUUCUCUCCGUUUGUUAUGUAAAGAACCCCAUUUUAAAAUAAAUGCACGAAUAAAAAGAAAAAGACAUAAAAAAAAUACAGCUUCAUUAGAAGAGUAAAAUUCUUGGCCAGUUUUAGACCUAGUCGUAAUAAUUUCUAAUGGCGAUGCCCUCGCGCUUCUCAAAGAGCAGAAAGCCCCAACUAGCGCAGAUAAGGACAGCUCCGCCUGAAGCAUUUAAAAGAAAAAAGAAAGAAAAAAGAAAAGAGCCCAAAUAACUAGGACUGGAGAAAUCUUUUUAAUCUAUCCCGCUCACUCUUAAUACAUCCAAACUGUUUACAUGUCGGUUUCCCAGACGUGGUUUUUAGAUGCAAUCUAAACACUAAAAGGAGCCCAUUGUUAACGCAGGGGCUGCUGCUGGAGAUGAAAGCUGACUUUCAGUAGUUGUUUGAGCGGAACAGUUCUCUGCUGUGGGUCUGCUGCUGAUAUCUUUACUUCAACUAGUCUCAGCAACCAAACAAAGCCCGUUUUAAAAAACAAACGAAAUAUUCUGAUGAAAGUUUUGAUAUAUAUAUAUUUUUUAUGACCAACAUCUGACUUUUCUGACAGUCUCUGAAACACCUGCAGCCUCUGAGGUUUUAUCCUCCUGCUUUAUAGCUCAUUUUUAAAUGGAUUCAUUUAUCAGACAGAGCAUGAUGUGACACGAUCUCUGUGACUAAUCUCAUCGCUUCAGGAGCGACGUGACCUUCACACAUAAGCUCAAGCGGAUCCGACAGAAGGUGCAGACAGAAGUUAUGACAAUACGCAAUGAAUUCAGAUCUGAUUUACAGUGUAACCAGUUGCUGUUUCAGCUUUUUCCUGCAGAGUUCACUCAGUAACAGUCAAAAUAUUUCUGCGAGAAUUCACAAAAACUCAUUAAAGAUGAACAGAUGCAACAGUGUGCAGUCACUUUUGGCAUGGUGGUCCUGGAUGCUGCCGGGCAGUCCCUCCGCAAGGCCGGUUUAUCCAUAGGAGCCUGUUUGAUACCUGCUCAUUAUCCCGGGCCCUCACAGCUGAGCAGCAGAAUCACCCGGGGGCCACCGCUCCAGUGGUGCGAGAGAUCCAGAUGUUUCCCGUAAAAUCAGACGGAAAAAGCUACAAAACUUUAAUUUGCAGUAAAAGGGGAAUAAAGUAAAGGUUUACACUCUGUGCGCCUCAGACGGUAUUCUGCGUUCGUCUGGUUCAGAGAAAACAUCCAAAGGUGAACCUUACACCGCUGUGGAGGCUGAUCUUGUUUGUGAGCUGGCAGCGCUGAAGUCAGCUGUGUUGGCUUCCAUCAUGGAAACACACAAAGUGUUAGUCAGGCCUCCAGCCUUCUUAUUCUUCUUUCUUUCUCUAGUUGUGGGCGAUUAAGUACCUGUUUAACAAGGACUUUAUUAUGAAAUCAGACCACAUAGCUUUCAGAUGUGUUUGGGUGCUUUCAGGAAAGAUAAUAAAUGCUUCCUACAGGCUGAGAAUUAAUGCAAAUAUGGUUUUAUUAUUAUUAUCAUUAUUAUUUAAAGUUAUUUCCCCAUCUUUUUCUUCUAGAAAAUAACUAAAUAGUGCUUAAAAUAUCAAAUAAAUAUGACUUAAGUCCUGUUUAGAGCUGCUUUUCCUUUGUUAUUACACAGACUUGGUUAAUUUUUUUUUCUUUUAACAGAAGAGCUAAGAUUCUUUGAAACAAAAGGAAAAUCCAGUUUUCACUUGCACCCAAAUUCUAAACAAAUAGCUUUACAUACUCCUGAACAUUUUGUACCCUUCCUUCCUUUUUGCUUUCCCUUAGUUUUACGGCUCUUAAAAUCAUCCCAUUUCUCACUGAUGGACUGUAUCAACUUGUAGCGGGUCUUGCUUAAUUUUUCCUCCAGAUUACUGGAAGAUUUUGAUCCAGUUUCAGACCAACUUAUAUGACCUGUCACUGUCAUCACACCCUCAAUAAGCAGCAGUUUCUUUUCUCUCAUCUUCAUAAACAGAUGAGCUGAUGCUCCUUUCUCGCUGGUGAUUGUGUCACUGACCCUGCAAAGAGAAAUUCCCUCCAUGUGGACUCAUGCAAACGAUAAAUGUUGUCAGUGUUUAUAUAUUUAUGCUUGUCUGAGGAAAAGUCUGCUAUUAUCUCGGUUUUCCCAUGUUUUGAAGCUGACUGCGUGGAAUUGCUGUCUGCUGCAUUUCAAGUCAUCUCUUCAUCUCCAGACCCUCACUCUUCGCUUGAAGGCUCAUCUGGGGAUUCGCGAGGACUCUGGGCUGGAAGAUAGAGCUGUAAAAGCAGUCCCACUAUGAGCCAAACAUGACUGCAUAUAUGUGUGUGUAAAAUGAUGAUUCUUUUUCUUGUGAAACAUGAGGUGCAGUUAAAAAAAAACCUUUAUAACGUUUUAUAUCACACAAGUGACAUCUCUUGAACAGCACAUUAUAUAAAUAGAAGCUGAAUCCUCUAUUUUGAUUAAUGUUUAUAAUUCAGUCUUUCUGUAUAUAAUUCAGCCUUUCUGUUUCCCUGCACUGGUAAAUAUCGGUUAUACUUUCAUCAGGCUAAUGAAUCACAUGAAUCCUUACAUGCAAAGACAGCAAGUAUGUGACCCAAGCAUCAAUGAUGUCAGCAAAACAAUAAAUAUUGCCUCAGAAAGCGGAUCGGAUGAAGGGUUGCUGAUGAUGUUAACUCCACAGGGAAAUGUUGUAAAGGCUUCACUGUUUACUGUGUUCACAU